AUGGUCUUGCGAAUCACUCUUGUAAAUGCUAUUGCUGGCGCUCUGGUUGUAGCAACCGCCAGAGCGGAUCCUCCUUGGGGAAGGGGAAGCAAUGGAGAUGGCGGAAGUGGUCGUUGGGGUUGGGGAGGAAAUCGCGGCGGCAACGAUGACGACGGAGACGACAGUAACGACUACUAUGGCAAUGAGCAGAAUGGCUUUGGCUUGGGCAGUGCGGCAUCCUUUGAUCGGGCCAACGCCAUACUCAUCGCCCAUGCCGUCAUUGCCAGUGCUGUCUGGGUUCUCUUUGUUCCUUGGGCGGCGCUGUUGCUGCGCAUCAAUCUGAAGAGUCCCAUAGUCCUGAAACUUCAUGCAUUCUUCCAGAUCCUGGCGUAUCUGCUUUACAUCGUUGCAGCAGGCAUGGGAAUUUGGCUCGCUCAGCAGACAUCCGCAUUUGGCAUCUGGGACGAUGUUCAUCCUCAACUUGGACUGGCCAUAUUAGCCAUUGCCUUUUUUCAGCCCAUCUUUGGCUUCGUCCAUCAUCGGACGUUUAAGAAGCGCGCUGCGGCUGCAAAUGAAGGUACCGCGACCAAGGCUCCUGGCAGAACUGUUGUAGGGAGAAUACAUCUCUGGGUUGGACGGAGCCUGAUUGUGCUCGGUAUCGUCAACGGAGGCCUAGGCAUUCGGCUGUCGAGCUUCUCGCCAUUCCGCACAGACUCACAGACUCAGACUUCUGCCAUCGUUUACGGCGCCAUUUCUGGGGCCAUGUUCGCACUUUAUGCGUUCCUAGUCGUGCUUUUCGAGGUUCGUCGCAGGCGCGCUCAGCAUAAAGCUUCGGCGGCAACACCAGCACCAGCACCAGCACCAACAGCUUAUCAGCAGACAAAGAGGCUGCCAACGUACGAGGAGAGUGAGAGUUCUGCCACAAGUGUGGCGUCGAGGCAGACCACCGGACAGAACAACGCUCCCCCUGCUGUCACACCACAGGCGGGGGCAGGAGCGCCCCGGUACUCGUGA